AUGUUAAGCAACUCUGGAGGUGGGGGAGAGAGAGUUUUAUGGACGGUUAUAAGAAGUAUUCAAGAAAGAUAUCAAAAUAUAGUUUGUGUUGUAUACACAGGAGAUACGGAUGUAACAAAAGAUGCUAUUUUGGAAAAAGUUAAGAUACGAUUUAGCAUUAAACUUAAUUCCGACAAUUUAUUCUUUGUCUUUUUGAAAAAACGAAAAUGGGUAGAGGACAGUAGAUAUCCUAGGUUCACUUUAUUAGGACAAAGCCUUGGUUCAAUAGUUCUUGGUUUUGAGGCUUUAGUAAAACUAACGCCAAAUUUUUAUUUUGACACUAUGGGAUACGCAUUUACAUAUCCUCUGAAAAUAAUCUUUGGAUGCAAGGUUGGAGCAUAUGUGCAUUAUCCAACUAUAAGUUCAGAUAUGCUUAGUAAGGUUCAAGAAAUGAGACCUGGAUUUAAUAAUGACCAAGAAAUUGCCAGAAGUCGAAUAUUUACUGGUACCUUUUCUGAUUUAGUUAUGGUGAAUUCAACAUGGACAAAAGGACAUAUAGAUCAAUUAUGGAGAGUAAAUAGCAAAAUAGUUUAUCCUCCAUGUGAUACUGCUUCACUGACUAAAUUGCCCUUAGAAGGAAGGCAAAGGAUCAUAGUCAGUGUAGCUCAGUUCAGACCAGAAAAAGAUCAUUUUCUUCAACUUCAAUCUUUCCAUUGUUUAUUAUCAAAUCAUCCAAAUUUUCGGCAAGGGCCCGAAAAGGUUGAACUUGUAUUGAUAGGUAGUUCUCGUAAUCAAGGGGAUGAAUCUAGAAUAUUAAUAUUAAAAGAGCUAUGUAAAGAUCUUGAUUUAGAGGAUAAUGUAACUUUUGAAAUCAAUGCAAGCUUUGAAAAACUAGUUUAUUGGCUUUCAAUAGCUAAAGUUGGAUUACACACAAUGUGGAAUGAACAUUUCGGAAUUGGAUUAAUUCCCGUAGUUCAUAAUUCUGGAGGACCAAAAAUGGAUAUUGUUGUACCAUAUAAUGAUCAUAUAACAGGUUAUCUUGCAAGUACAGCAGAAGAAUUUGCAAUAAAACUUGCAAAUGUAUUUUCAUUAUCUGAAAUAGAAUUUAAAAAUAUACAAAUUAAUGCCAGAGAAAAUGUAAUUGGUAAAUUUUCUGAAAGUGUAUUUCAAGACUUAAUAUUGAAUUUGUUGGAUCCAAUGUUACAACAAAAUAAUAAUUAUUAG